CUCCCGGCUGGCUGUCAUGGCGGCUUCGGUAGACAGUUGGAGCUGGUUCACGGCGUUAGCUGUGGGAGUUUCUCUGCUCAAAUGUCUCUUCAUCAACGCUUAUCAUUCCACAGACUUUGAGGUCCACAGGAACUGGUUGGCCAUCACGCACAGCCUGCCGGUGUCCCGCUGGUACCAUGAGAACUCCUCUGAGUGGACCCUGGACUACCCGCCGCUGUUUGCCUGGUUCGAGCUGGGUCUGUCACAGGCGGCGCAGCACUUUGACCCGAACAUGCUGCAGGUGGAGAACCUGAACUACGCCAGCCCGUCCACCGUUCUGUUCCAGAGGCUGUCGGUGGUCUUCACCGACCUGCUCUUCAUCUACGCCGUCAAAGAGUGCUGCCGCUGCGUUCAGGUGCAGAAAGGUUCUGUGGAGGUUCUGAACCGGCCGUCUUUCGUCCUGGCCGUGCUGCUGCUGUGGAACUUCGGCCUCCUCCUGGUGGACCACAUCCACUUCCAGUAUAACGGCUUCCUGUUUGGGUUCCUGCUGCUGUCUCUGGCCAAACACCUGCAGUCUAGGCACCUGCAGGGGGCGCUGCUGUUCGCCAUCCUGCUGAACCUGAAGCACAUCUACCUGUACGUGGCUCCAGCUUACGGCGUCUUUCUGCUGAGAAGCUACUGCUUCACUAAGGACCACCCAGACGGCUCCAUCCGGUGGAGCAGCUUCAGCCCGCUGCGCCUGCUGGCUCUGGGCUCAAUCGUCUCCUCCGUCUUCGCUCUGUCCUUCGGGCCGUUUGUUGCCAUGGGCCAGCUCUCCCAGGUUUUAUCCCGACUCUUCCCCUUCAAGCGGGGCCUGUGCCACGCCUACUGGGCCCCCAACGUCUGGGCCCUCUACAACAGCGCCGAUAAGCUGCUGGCGGUUCUGGGUGUUCGUCUGAAGCUGGUGAAGGAGGCGGAGCUUCCUCGAGCCUCCAUGACGGGCGGGUUGGUCCAGGAGUUCCAGCACGCCGUCCUCCCGUCCGUCUCUCCCGCAGUUACACUCGUUUGCACGCUGCUGUCCAUCCUGCCGGCGCUGCUCUCCAUCUGGCGGCGUCCACGCGGGAGCCGGGCCUUCUUGCGCUGCCUGCUGAUCUGUGCUCUUGCCUCCUUCAUGUUCGGAUGGCACGUCCACGAGAAAGCCAUCCUCAUCGCCAUCCUGCCGCUCAGCAUCCUGGCGGUGGAGAGCAGAGAGGAUGCUGGGAUUUUCCUGGUUCUGACCACCACUGGACAUUACUCCCUGUUCCCGCUGAUCUUCACCCCCGCAGAGCUGCCGAUCAAAGUGUGCCUGAUGCUGAUGUUCACCGUCUUCUCCUUCUCUGCCCUCGGGAAGCUGCACAGGGCCCAGGGCUCUCUGCUCCGUCCUCUGGAGAUCGUCUACCUGCUGGGGCUGGUUGCUGUGGCGAUCGGGUGCGAGUUCAUCUUCCCUCUGUCACCGUGGCAACAGAAGCUGCCGUUCCUCCCCCUGUUGGUGACCUCGGUGUACUGCGCCCUGGGGGUCAGCUACUCCUUCCUGCGUCUAUACGUCACUCUGCUGCGCUCAGACGGCAAAGCCAAACAGCUGUGAGGUCAGAAGGUCCAAACGGGCCGGUGCCAGCUGCUUCUGGGAGACACUGACACAGAACUAAUGGACCCCUGAGGAGGAAAAAGGUUUUCAGCCUGGGUUCUGGUCACAUCUGUUCAGAUACGGUCCAGCUUCCCAUCCGGCUGCUGAAGAACCAAGUGGAAAAAAUGUUUAACGUGAGGAAAUGUUUGGUCAAAGACGGGCUGAUGGGUUGAAGAUGUUUAGGACCAAAGAUCUGCUGAAUGUUUUUCUAAAUAAAG